GCCUUUUGUUCUAUAACAAAAUUGUUGACACAAAAUUGAAUGUGAAAAUCAAGUAAACACAUUUUGCGCAUAUUUUUUUUUGAAAAUGGACAAUGGACAUAAAGUUGCCAGCACUAAAGCGGAGCGUUGCUGUUGCAACUGCAAGCAGAAGCUCGAUCCGCAUCAGAUUUUUGAGGAGAACAUUGAAGAUAUUGCCAAAAGUUUGGCACAGAUAAUGGUCAUCUGUGGCAUCAAUACCAACAAAUCCUGCAAUGCCAAAUCGAUCAUCAAGCGUGCCUUUGUCUACCACGAAAAGAUCCGGACACGUUGUCCGCCGACGGCGCCUCAGAAUACACAUCUGCAUCGGGAUGACAUGUUGCAAGCGUUGCGCAUCAAGUGUGAAAUGGAAAGUGUUGAGGCGAUGCUCACCUAUGCGAUCAUUAAGCGUGCCUUCAAGGCUUUCUUUCACGGCAAACCGGAUAGGACGAUCAGCAAUCCAAUUGUGGAUGCCAUGGUGAUACACAAGCAGAAGUCCGCCUGGUUGCAUGCCGCAUACAAGACGGCCAAGAUCUUUGACAACUACAAGACGGCGUUCUUCUGGGCCCACAAGUCCUAUGAAAAGCAAAUCAAUCAGGUCUACCGUGGUCUAUAUGACCGCAUGAGUGCUCGCUCGAAUCCGCUAAUGAUGCCAACUUGUGCGUGCCGCAAUUGCUCGAAGAAGGAGAUACCCGGACAUCCGAAGCCGGGAGAAAAGGUUCGCGACAAGUUCAAGCUAGCGGAUUGCGCUGAUCUGCCCAAGGAAUGCAUUCUCUGCGGCCUCCAAGUGCCUAAGGCAAUGCCUGGUGUGAGGGUGAAGCGACCACGCCCCAUUGUCAACCAUGAACUGAAGCUGCCACGUUGCCACAACUGCAAUUCACCGCUGCUGAUCUGUGAGUGCAACAUCGAUGAGCUAACGGGCGAGUUGUAUGGCGAGUGUGGUCAGGAUUCGUACAAGGUCAAGUGGUAUCGCUUGGAGGAUCAGCAGCCGCAGAAGUCAUCGAAGAAAGUUGCCACUGAAGAUGAUGGCGAUACAAGCUAUGAGGAUGCCGAGGAGCCUUCGGUUGAUUGGGAGAAUCAUCAUUGUCCCAUCGAUUGUGUGCAUGACAGCGCCAGUGAAUCCUCAAAUGUUUGCCAUUCGGAUCCCAUCUCCAGUUCGAUUGUGGAUGAAACUAGUUCCUCGUUUACCACUUGCUCUGAUGCCGAUAGCUUGGAUAUUGUAGACAAGUUGGAAAAGUAUCUGAACAAGUUGUGGGCGGAUGAUGUUGCCGCUCAACGUAAUCCAAAUACGUACUUGUCAAAGACUGUGUUUCCACCUAAGGCGCCCUCCGAGCCUUGCAAACGCUAGAAAACUACUUUUGCUAUUUGUCUUUCAAGCAUUUGAUUAGUUUUGCACUCAAAUAAAGUCUUGCUUUAAAGUAGUCUGUAACUAACAA